AGCCUCAGUGGCUUCAGGCUCAUCCGCCGAAGGCAAACUCUUUCAGCACGAUCGAAUCCUCAAAGUAAACGACAUCGAUUGCAGUCAAGGUUCUUUGCGUAUGGUAACAGAAGCCAUUAGGUCCAGUAUGCCGCUGGCUAGAGUCUUGGUCAAACGAAACCGGUGCCUUAGGAACGAAGUGAACAACGACCAGGUCACCAAAUGGAUUCAUACUGCCAGAUUGGUGCCAGGCUGCCACGGAUUGUCGCUGAAAAUGGGAGUGUACAUCAAUAGGAUUAGCGAAGGAAGUUUGGCUGCGAGAGACAAGAGUUUGACGGUAGGGGACAGAGUUCUCAGGAUAAAUGACAAAUCGAUGGACGAUAUAGAAAGCGCCCACGAAGCAAUGCAAAUUUUAAACAGCGAUUCUGGUGACGUCAUCAACAUAACAACGUUGAAGAUGAGCUAUCCGGAAUGUCCUAAUGUUUUUACACCUGUCAGGAGGCACAAAAAAGAGAACCGCAGCUCUCAGACGGAGGAUUGGAUGUUGCAAGAUUAUAAAGAGAAAAAUAAUAGUGGUGCUUGGCUAAAGGAAAAAUUAGAUAUGAUGCGAGGUCCUUGGCGACAUUCUAAAGAAGACAAGAAGAAAUACAGGAACAGUUCACCAAAUCCUAUAGAUUACGGACAUGAACAAGCCAUAGCAGAACUGGAUUUAGUCCUGGAUAGUUACCACCAUGGUACAGUGAAAAGAUCUGCAAUUACAAAAAAGCACUUUCCGCAAACGAAAGAAGAAAAAAACAACGGAGGAACCUGGCCGAAAGCGAGAGCAGCUCCGAUCAUCACCCAAAACGGAGGCACUGUAGUGACGAGAACUAAAGAGAGACCACCGCUGUCGCUACUAGCGCCAAAAAGUAAUCAUCAGUUGCAAGAAACAUACAACUAUCGAAACUCGACUCCGGUGCCACUAUCUCUCGUUUCACCUACUACAAUUCAGCCGAACUAUGCGAGACAUUCUGUAUACAAAAGCGUCGAUAACUCUCACCAUUUUGGUAUGGUGACUGACUCGUUCGAAAGGUUGAGGUCUGGGAAUAAUCGAUUGAGUGUUAAUGUCAAUUCGGAUAAUAGUUUGGAUUUUCCGGUACAUCGAUUUGUCGACAAAGAAGUGAUGACGUACUGCAAGAAAAAUAACAGAUCUGUUCCCAAAUACGGAUCCGACUCAGAACGCGAGAGUCUUACCGGAGGCCACCCGGAGAUGAACCACUCCCAUUCAAGGGGUCACAGUCAACUGUUCAUAUCGCCUAGGUUUCAUUACCCGUACCAGCCGCAUCACAUCCACCAACUCAACCAAUCGCGAGAAAGUUUCAGCUUCGAGCCAUUUCAUCACGUCCACAGUCCAUCCGCAGAUGUCGCCACUUCCCGCAGGCAGCCGGAUUUACUGGAAUCGGGGGGAACAUUUCCGAGGAAGAACCAAAGAAUACGUGUCCCCUCAAAUCCUAGUGUGACGAGUAAAGUGAGUACUGGAAGCAUCGAAAGAGGCAGCUCAGAAAGAGGUAGUCCCAUGCCGAUAUUUCACGUAGAAGUUCUCAGCAGUCCUGGAGAUCACUCCGGCGCUUCGACCGCUAACCCAAAGGAUUAUUGCCGCUGGGGCCACAAACCGGUUCCGGGGGAGCUUCGACGAGUUCACAUCGACAAAUCGAACGAGCCACUUGGGAUCCAGAUCAACUGUCCCGAAACAGGCGGAAUCUUUGUGUCGACUGUGAGCGAAAACAGCUUGGCUAGCAGAGUGGGCCUUCAAAUAGGAGAUCAGCUGUUGGAAGUGUGCGGCAUUAAUAUGAGGAACGCGACUUAUAACUUGGCAGCAAAUGUUUUACGACAAUGCGGCAACUCAAUUACAAUGUUGGUGCAGUAUAGUCCCGAUAAAUACCACGAACUUGGAGGUGAUACUGGAACUUGUUCAGGUUCGACUUCCGAAUCGGAGGAAGAAGAUGAAGAAGUGGACGGCGAAGCCACACCAUGUAAUUCACCGAAAGAAGUGCGCAAGAGCUCUUCUCUUCAAUUAAAACCGUCGCAAUUGAUGGUUAUACAGCGCCAAGCGCAAAAUAUUUCCAACAGUAGUAAUUCUAGGGGCUCUUCUGAAGAACCAAGAUACCUGUGCAUAGAAACUCUAAAAACGUCAAAUCUAGGCAUAUCUUUAGUAGGCGGAAACGCCGCCGGCAUAUUUAUUCACUCGGUUCAACCUGAUUCGCUAGCGUAUCAUGCCGGGCUGAGAACCGGGGACCAGAUACUGGAGUACAAUGGUAGUGAUCUCAGAGCAGCUACAGCGGAAGAAGCUGCGUACGAAUUGGCCAAACCGGCCGACAAAGUCACCGUUCUUGCUCAUUAUCGAAUCGACAAAUACAACGAAAUCAAAGACAAACCAGGGGACAGCCUUUACGUUAGGUGCGGUUUCGAUCGAAGCGGCAACGAAAUGACAGAACCACCUCAGCUGUCAUUUUCCAAAGACGAAGUUCUUUACGUCGACAACACGAUGUUCAACGGAGUGCCGGGCCAGUGGCGUGCCUGGAAGUUGGACGGAGAAGGUCAUCGACAACAAUGCGGCGUGAUCCCGAGUAAAUACAAAGUCGAGGAGGAGUUACUGUUGAGAAGAGGUGCUGGCGAUCCUUCAGAAGCUCGAUCAACAGCUACAGCCCGUCGUAGUUUUUUCAGAAGAAAAAAGCACCAAAGAGGUGGAAGUGGCAGUUCUGGUUUAAGUACUUCUAGAGAUUCGAAGGAACUCGCCAGUUUUUGUAACCUUUCACCUGGAUGGUACUCUGAUUCAGGCUCGCUGCAUGAAGACUUAUCCCAGUCGUCGUACCAACGCGUCGAGCGGCUACAAUAUCCCGAAUUCCGUCCAGUGAUCGUGCUAGGUCCUCUAGCCGAGUGUGUAGCCGACAAGUUGGUGCAAGACUUUCCAGAUAAAUUCAACAGAGCUUCAUCAGAAUCGAGACGGUGCUCUCAAGCUCAGCUAGACAGAGAAUUGGCAGAGGGGUUGAUUCUAGAGUAUCGCCGACGGGGGUCCUGUUAUGAAUGUAUAACAAUUUCCGCUGUGAGAUCGGUGGCCCAGGCUCGCUUGCACUGCAUGCUAGACGGUUCAAUAACCAUGGUGGAACGCCUCCAUCGACACCACAUCUACCCGCUGGUGCUACUAAUCAAAUUCAAAAGCACCAAACAGAUCCGCGAGGUAAAGGACGCCCGAUACAGCAUCGACAAGUUGUCGGGUAAAGCCGCCAAGGAAAUGUUCGAGCACGGGCAUAAACUGGAAUUGGAGUACCGACACCUGGUAACCGCCGUCGUGUCGGCGGGCGCUAAUGUUGCUCAUAUUUGCGCUCAAGUCAAGGCUGCUAUAGAUGCUGAACACAGGAAAAGUCAAUGGGUACCUACUGCUGCGCUGCAUUAAGCUUUUUCUUCCUCGUAGCCUGGUAAUAUAUCAGUGAAAGAGUUCUGUAAAAGGUAUAAUUAUAUAUCAAUUGGAGAUUUAAUGGUUAAUUAAAAAUGGAAGGAAAAUUAUAGAAAUGAUUUCUGAUGAAUUCUUGAAAGGGGUUUAAAACAAGAAGGCAAAUGAGCUACUACAGUAGUAAUUAAACUUUUUGUCUAAUUCUUACAUAUAUAAGAUAUAUGUAAUGAACUACUUGUCCAUUGAUGUUGUUUUGAACGUCAUAUUUUAUGUAAUAUAUAAACAAAAUGUAUUUUAGGAAUUUUUUAUUCCAGACGAAAUGUUCUAACUUCUGUUUAAAUCAAGUUUUCCGCGUGAUUCUAUUUAAUUGUGUGAUAAAAAUACGAAAUAUGAAAAAUUUCUGAUUUUAAGUUAAAUUUAAUUUGAAAAUUGAGAAAUCUAGCGUGUAUUACAAAUAUUUUUUUUUGUAAUGAAAAUCGAAAAUUUUAAAACAUAGUUACGUUAUUUUUUUAAAUAAUAUGUCACAUAAUAUAUGUUUAUUCUCUGUGGAAAGUGGCUCUUUCCACAUAUUUAUAACAGCACUAUCCGAAUGUUCAUCUCUACCAAUAUACUUAUUGUAAUAUGACUUGCAGUUCGCCCAAAUUGUGAAAAGGAGUUAAUCUCUACACUGUAUGGCUGUGUUUUCAUAGUAGCUCAUCAAAUAUGUACACAUUAUCUUUUCUGUUAUUUUUGCUAUUUAUAAUAAUUCAUAUUUUGUAAAAUUUUGUAAGGUAAUAAUUUCCUUUCUUGCUGGAAAAGUGGAGGUUGCUUUUCUGAAAGAACACUGGAGCAUUAUUCAUCAAAAUUAAUGAUAGCUCUUCUUAACUUGGAACUAGUUGUUCACUUAUCCAUUUAGUGAAUGAAGAUUUCAUUAUUCAUCAUUUCUCCUCCAAAAUCAACUUUACAACUCGUUUACUGAGAAUAGGCAAUCAACACUCUCACAAACCGCCAAAUACACCCAUAAACACCCAUUUUACUAUAUGUUUUGUUAUUAUUUUGCAUUUUUCACGUAUCGACUAUCAUAAACUUUGCAAAACUACAAUUUUCUGGCCGAGAAUAUUCUCAUUCUCGAGAAUAUUGUAUUCUUACAUCACUGGUCUUGUGUGAUAGUUUUAACAUAACAGCUAUUCUCUUAAAUCAGGAAUUGUUCAAUGAUAUGUAUUUUGAUAGAAGAACAUACUAUUGAAAAUGUUACCUGUUAAACAGAUGAAAAUGGCUCCAAAGGCUCUCCAUCUAUGUUUUCUAAUUUGAAAUUCUCCAACGUAUUUAACACAACAUGUGCUUUAGAAUUUAAUGGUUUACCAGGCGUCAUCAUCAUCAAUCAGCCAAUCACGUCCACUGCUGAACAUAGGCCUCCCUCAGUUCUUUCCAGUGUUCUCUACAUUGGGCCGCUUCUAGUCAGUUUUAUAUCAUCGGUCCAUCUACUCGGUGGUCGUCCUCGGCUUCUUUUAUAGUUUCUGGGCCUCCAUUCCAUAGUACGUCUUGUCCACCGUCCAUCUUGUGUUCUGACUAAGUGCCUGCCCAAUUCCACUUAAGCGUCGUGGUUCUUUCGUUGACGUCUUGAACUCCUGAUCUUUGCCUGAUUUGUUGGUUUGUUAUGUGGUCUCGAAGGCUCACGUUCAGCAUUGCACGUUCCAUGACUCGUUGUGUAACUCUGAGUUUAUUCGCAGAUUUUUGCCGUGAGUGUUAAAGUCUCUGCUCCAUAAGUUUGUACAGGCAAAACACAUUGGUUAUAAACCUUUCGCUAAGACACAUGGGAAUUGAACUUUUUACAAUAUGACUUAAUUUGCCAAAUGCUGCUCAUGUUAGGCCUAUUCGCCUCUGUAUUUCAUGUGUUUGGUUGCUUAUUUUGAUUUCGUGUUCCAGAUAUUUGUAAGUGUCUGUUUGUUGUAUGGUAUUAUUAUCAAUAGUUAUAUGUCCACUCAUUACGAGAUUUGUUAUAAGUUUAGUUUUCUCACAGUUUAUCUUUAAUCCUGCUCUUUCAGACAGACUUUUAAGCGAAUCCAUCAUAGAAACUGUAUCACGUAAGUUAUCGAUUAAUACAACAUCAUCUGCAAACCUUAGGUGAUUUAAUCUUUCUCCAUCUAUAUUGAUGCCCAUGUCUUGCCAUUGAGUGCUCUUACAUAUUGACUCUAGAGCUGCCGUGAACAAUUUUGGUGAAAUAUUGUCUUCUUGUCUAACUCCUCGACCUAAGCUGAAUUUUUCUUUGUCUUCGUGUAGUCAUAUACUUGAUGUAGCGUUCUCGUAGAUGUUUUUGAUUAGUGUCGUGUACCUGUAAUAUACUCGGCUUUGAUUUAGGGCUUCCAGUAUUGUUUCAAACACUACAGAAUCAAAAGCCUUCUCGUAAUCGACAAAUGCAAGAACCAGUGGUAUGUCGUACUCCAUGCACUUUUCUAUUAAGAUCUUUAUGGUAUGCAAAUGGUCAUUUGUGCCAUAUCCUGCCCUGAAGCCUGCCUGGUAUACUCUAAAUAUAAAACCCUUAAAAAUAUUUCAUAUCACUCCGUUAACGUCGUUUUAUUCAUAUUUCAAUAACUAAAUGUCAAUUUAGAGGUUAGAAUAAAUAUUAUAUUAUUCAUCUUAAAGUAUUACCCUAAUAAAUCAAACACAAAGGUAAUUGUUAGCUGUUAUAACAACUGUUUGUUAAAAAUAUGUUUAUUAAAACUACGAAAAAGGAUUGAAUAAUAAAAUGACACGAAAGUAAUUUAUAAACACACUUCGAACGCUAUCAAAACAAAACUUACACAUACCAGUCGGUGAAUCAAUCACCGACUGUCGUCCUAUGGCUGUCUUUGUUUGAUGAAUGCUGUUGUGUAUGAAUAGGCAGCUUGCGUUUACUAAUUUAGUUUAUGUGAGUACAAAAGAAACGUAAUAUAAAAAAUAUUCUCAUAUUUGUGCAAAGAUUUAGCGAUUGGACUGUACUCUCUUGUUAAUGAGAUGUUAAAUACUCUAAAAAUUAAUAUUUAUUUUAUAUAUCAGUUUAAAAAUAAAUUUUUAUUACUAACGUAACUGUGUUAUCAAAAUUGUCCUUUGAAAAUAUUUUUAAUACAUGAAAGUUCCCUAAAUUUCAAAUAUAGGCAACCAGUUAAACAGAAAAUUAAAGCAAUAUUUAACUCGUUGCCUAACCAAUGUUUUGUGAUAUUUUGAAUAUACUCCCGUUGAUAUAUAAUCAUUAAUUAAUUAUAUAUGUAUUGUCAAUCGUUGAAAACUUAGUCGACGUUGUGUUCCUAUACAAACAAGCAAUAAAUGUCAUUUUAGAUCAAUUUUUUCGUUUAGAUCUUUUAGAAUAUCGUUAUUUAUAACUCUUUUUGAAAAUUGUCAUCUUUUAGACGUCUUUUACGACUAGAUUGUAUACAUCGUCGUUGUUUACAUCGUUCAUCUUUUAUAGAACUUUUAUAUCGUAAAGUAUUAAGUGUCUUAUGUACUACAAUAGUCAACAUUUAUAAUAUUUAUUAAAAUAUGUCGUUGGUAUAGAAAUGUAACUCUGUGUUACUAAGAAAAUGUUGAAAUUUUGUCACAGUGAUAAAAGAACUAUUAUAUUUUUAAUUUAAUUACACAUCGAUCGUGUCAAUCAAUAGGUCUUUGUAUUACGUGACGAGUGUAUGCGCAGCCGCCAUGUUCAAGCAAUAGUUUCGUACUGUUUUGAUCAACAAUUGAGAGGUUAGGCACUAUUACUUGUCAGAGAUAUUUUUUAAGGUUAAAAUGACAAAUGCAUGCCCUGAACAGUAUUUAAUAGAAAUAAUAUAUUUAAAACAUUUAUAAAAUAAUAUGUAUUGUCUUAAAAUGAUUUAUAGUAUCACUCUUCCAUACUCAUACUCCAAAAAAACACUGCUUCAUUGUUCCUUUUUAUCUUAAUUCUGUAUUCACAAAUACUUUACUGUUAUUUAUGUUACUAACCUAAUAUGCUUGUUUACAACAAACAGUACGAAAAAAAUGGCUGAUACUAAAUUGUGAUGAAAAGGCCUAUUGAUCAUUUCUUAACUAAACUCAAAGAAUGUUUUAAAUAACCCAUGAUACUAUGACUUCUAAGAUAACACCACUUCGCAAUCGAAUUUUGCAUGAUACUAUGAUAAGAAGAUAAGAUAUUGCGCAUAAGUCGUGACGUCAUUGGAGAGUUGCACGUUCGCAAUGUCAGUUUUUUGUAAUGUGUCAAUAAAUAAUAUUUAAUAAAUAGUUUGGAGAUAUCCUUAUGUGUACAAUUAUUGUAAUUAUUGAACUUCUUAACUUAUUUUCAUCCAGUAAUUUCAUCACAGAAUGCAUACAAAUCCCAUUUAACUUUAACAAGAAUUCAAAUUCUACUCCCCAAUGACGGCAUGCGCGAACACGACCGAUUUUGUGCUUCGGGAAGAUCCUAUCUUGUUAUUCAUAGUAUCAUGGAAUUUUGUACGUCGAUGCGCAUGACGUCACUUGGUGAUAAAAGUUUAUCAUUAAUUUAAUAUUCUGAAAUAUAUUUUAUCUAAAAGUGCACACAUUUAUUUGUCAACGUACUAAAUAAACGAUAAAACAAUACUAAAUCUGACAAAACUCCAUGCAAAACAGAAAAUUUCUGGUGAUAUUUGUCGCCGAGUGACGUCACACGUGCAAAAGAAAUUGUUCUUUUAAGUUUAUACAAUACUGUGAAAGAACAGUUCCAAAUAUCAGCGAUGUAUUUUGAAAAGAACUGCCCAGUUCAUUUUCAGUAAGAAUAAUAAUUGAGCAACCAAUAACUUACGAGUUAUAUAAAGAACAUCCAACGAAAAGUAUUGUUCAUAUUUUAGAAUUGCAUUUACGAUUAACCAUCUAAAUGUGACAGAAUUUUAUGUAUGUAAAUGUUCAUGUUAUUUAUUGUCCGAGAGGCAUUUUGAGUUAUAAAAGUGUGUUUUCGGUACAACAACCGGUAUAAAACGACACUACAAUUUCACAGAGUGUUAAAUCUGAAAACCACAUAAUACAUUACAAGGUGACAACACGUGCUUGGUGUAUUCACUCUACCUGAACUCGCUAUAAGUUAAGUCUUGGUAUAAACAUGAAACCAUAAUAAUACAUGUUUACGUCAAAUCUCACGUCGCAUAUUACAUCAAAUGUCACUUGUCACUUCUUUGUGACUUCACUCACAAGCUUGUGCGAUAAACUGAACCUUCAAUACAAACCCCACGUUGGGUACCAAUUGGUAAACUACAAUCAAGGAAAUGCUAAUGUAUAACCUAUAAUCAACUUUUGGAGUUAAUGUGUAGCUUACAACCUACGAUUUUUGUUAAUUUGUCAAUUAACAAUGAAAUAAAAGUGCAAUCGAAUACAAAUCUUGCAUAUAAAGUUGAAUCUAGAGUUCUCUGAAGUGGUUUGGUGCAUAUAAUGUGAGUCUAGAGUUCUUUGAAGUGGUACUAGAGGAAUGGAUUUGAAACAGUCAUGAAAGGACACCACCACUUGAUGGUAGCCCAAGAUUUCACAGAAGUCAUGGAGAAGUACCAAAAUCAAUAAAAAAAUAAUUCACUUAAGUAAUACUUACAUGGGAAUCUCAAGCUUUUACUAAAUGGGGAAUCUAACACAUGAAGAAAGAGUUAUUUAAUCACUCCUCUGGUCCACAAGUAGCUAUUUAGGAAUACAGGUAUACCUUCCAAGUGUAGGAUAAAUCGAUAAUUUCACCAAAUCCUAACACAAUCCAAUAUACUUAAAACCGCUUAAAGACUCACUCUGCCUCUCUUUAAAAAUCAAAAGGAGCAUUUAAAAGACACGUACUAUUUAAAGUAGUAUCCUUGUUUAAUGUAAUUCUUACAUUAUUUCACAAAUGGUUUCUUGUUUACUUAAAAACUUUGAAAUUUAGUAAGAAUUACUCUACUAGGACGUUACAUCAAUUCACAGUAAAGAAAUUAUAGGAUAAGGUAAAAAUUUGAUAUAUAGUAGUGUUAUUUAUUGAAUAUGACUUUUUAUAAGUAGGGCAUACUCUAUUAAUUUGUAACUGUGUGAUAUAUGGAUUGAAAUAUAUUUCUAAAUAAAGUUAUUC